UACGAUAUGUUCUGCGAAAAGGCCAUGGAGCUGGUUCGCGAGCUGCAUCGCGCGCCAGAAGGACAGCUGCCAGCCUUCAACGAGGAUGGACUCAGGCAAGUUUUGGAGGAGAUGAAAGCUUUAUAUGAACAAAACCAGUCUGAUGUGAAUGAAGUGAAGUCGGGUGGACGAAGUGACUUGAUACCAACCAUCAAGUUUCGCCACUGUUCUUUGUUAAGAAAUCGACGCUGUGCUGUAGCGUACCUGUAUGACCGAUUGCUUCGGAUCAGAGCACUGAGGUGGGAGUACGGCAGCGUCCUGCCCAAUGCCUUACGAUUUCACAUGUCUGCUGAAGAAAUGGAGUGGUUCAAUCAUUAUAAAAAGUCCCUUGCUACUUAUAUGAGGUCACUGGGAGGAGAUGAAGGUUUGGACAUCACACAGGAUAUGAAACCUCCAAAAAGCCUAUAUAUAGAGGUGCGGUGUCUAAAAGACUACGGAGAAUUUGAAGUUGAUGAUGGUACUUCAGUCCUAUUAAAAAAAAAUAGCCAGCACUUCUUGCCCAGGUGGAAGUGUGAGCAGCUGGUUAGACAGGGUGUUCUGGAGCACGUGCUGUCCUGA